AAAGAACCCAGUGGGACUUUCCUCCCACUGCCACCGGCUCUGCCCUCCCGACUUGGCCCAGGGUCCCCACCUGCCAGGCAGAUUGCACUCAUGGUGCCUCCGAGUGAGGAGACACCCCUGAUCUCUCAGCGCUCUUGCAGCCUCUCAUCUUCAGAGGCUGGUGUGCUGCAUGUGCUGCUGCCACCUCGGGGCCCUGGACCCCUGCAGCGUCUAUCCUUCUCCUUUGGGGACCACUCGGCUGAAGAGCUGUGUGUUCGGGCUGCUAAGGCCAGUGGCAUCCUGCCUGUGUACCACUCCCUCUUUGCUCUGGCCACGGAGGACCUGUCCUGCUGGUUCCCCCCGAGCCACAUCUUCUCCGUGGAGGACACAGGCACCCAAGUCCUUGUCUACAGGCUCCGCUUUUACUUCCCCAACUGGUUUGGGCUAGAGAAGUGUCACCGCUUCGGGCUUCGAAAGGACUUGGCUAGUGCCAUCCUUGACCUGCCAGUUCUGGAGCACCUCUUCGCCCAGCACCGCAAUGACCUGGUGAGCGGCCGCUUCCACGUGGGCCUUGGCCUCAAGGAGCAGGGCGAAUGUCUCAGCUUGGCAGUGCUGGACCUGGCCAGGAUGGCCCGCGAGCAGGCCCAGCGGCCAGAGGAGCUGCUAAAGACCGUCAGCUACAAGGCCUGCCUGCCCCCUGGCCUGCGCAACCUGAUCCAGGGCCUGAGCUUCGUGACUCGGAGGCGCAUUCGGAGGACUGUACGCCAGGCCCUGUGCCGCGUGGCCGCCUGCCAGGCUGACAGGCACUCGCUCAUGGCCAAGUACAUCAUGGACUUGGAGCGACUGGACCCGGCCAGGGCCGCUGAGACCUUCCUCGUGGGCCUCCCCGGGGUUGCUGGUGGUCAGGAUGCACCGGGGCUGCUCCACGUGGCUGGUGACAGCGGCAUCGCCUGGAGUUCAGGAGAACAGGAGGUCUUCCAGCCCUUUUGCGACUUUCCAGAAAUCGUGGACAUCAGCAUCAAGCAGGCUCUACGCGUUGGCACGGCCGGGGAGCACCGCCUGGUCACUGUCACCAGGACAGACAACCAGAUCCUGGAGGCCGAGUUCCCUGGGCUGCCCGCCGCGUUGUCCUUUGUGGCGCUCGUGGAUGGCUACUUCCGGCUGACUGUUGACUCUCGGCACUACUUCUGCAAGGAGGUAGCACCGCCGCGGUUGCUGGAGGAGGUGGCGCAGCAGUGCCAUGGCCCCAUCACCCUGGAUUUUGCAAUCAACAAGCUCAAGAUGGGGGGGUCCCUUCCUGGCUCCUACGUUCUCCGCCGCAGCCCCCAGGAUUUCGACAGCUUCCUCCUCACUGUCUGUGUUCAGACCCCCCUGGGCCCUGAUUACAAGGGCUGCCUCAUCCGGUGUGACCCCACAGGAGCCUACUCCCUGGCUGGCCUUGGCCGACCCCACAGUAGUCUGCGAGAGCUCCUGGCAGCCUGCUGGGAUGGUGGGCUGCAUGUGGAUGGGGUUGCACUGAACCUUACCUUCUGCUGCACCCCUAGACCCAAAGAAAAGUCCAACCUGAUUGUGGUCCGGAGAGGUUGCAGCCCACCCACAUCAUCCCCCGUGCAGCCCCACUCAGGAUGCCAGCUGAGUCAGAUGACAUUUCACAAGAUACCUGCUGACAGCUUGGAGUGGCAUGAGAACCUGGGUCAUGGAUCCUUCACGAAGAUUUACAGGGGCUGUCGCCACGAGGCCAUGGAUGGGGAGCCCCGGAAGACAGAGGUGCUGCUCAAGGUGUUGGAUGCCAAACACAAGAACUGCAUGGAGUCAUUCCUGGAAGCAGCAAGUUUGAUGAGCCAAGUAUCGUACCAGCAUCUCGUGUUGCUUCAUGGCGUGUGCAUGGCUGGAGACAGCAUCAUGGUGCAGGAAUUUGUACACCUGGGAGCACUGGACACGUAUCUACGCAAGUGUGGGCAGCUGGUGCCAGCCAGCUGGAAGCUGCAGGUGAUCAAACAGCUGGCCUAUGCCCUCAACUAUCUGGAGGACAAAGGCCUUCCCCAUGGCAAUGUCUCAGCCCGGAAGGUGCUCCUGGCUCGGGAAGGGGCUGAGGGGAGCCCGCCCUUCAUCAAGCUGAGUGAUCCCGGUGUCAGCCCCACUGUACUAAGCCUGGAGAUGCUCACUGACAGGAUCCCCUGGGUAGCUCCUGAGUGUCUCCAGGAGGCCCGGACACUUGGCUUGGAAGCUGACAAGUGGGGCUUCGGUGCCACAGUCUGGGAGGUGUUCAGUGGUGUCACGAUGCCAAUCAGUACCCUGGAUCCUGCCAAGAAGCUCCAGUUUUAUGAGGAACGGCAGCAGCUGCCUGCCCCCAAGUGGAUGGAGCUGGCCCUGCUGAUCCAACAGUGCAUGGCCUACGAGCCAGGCCACAGGCCCUCCUUCCGCGCCGUCAUCCGUGACCUGAACAACCUUAUCACGUCAGACUAUGAGCUCCUCUCAGACCCCACACCUGGUGCCUUGGCACCCCGUGACGGGCUGUGGAAUGGCGCCCAGCUCUAUGCCUGCCAGGACCCUACUAUCUUUGAGGAGAGACACCUGAAGUAUAUCUCACAGCUGGGCAAGGGUAACUUUGGCAGCGUGGAACUAUGUCGCUAUGACCCGCUGGGAGACAACACAGGUGCCCUGGUGGCCGUGAAGCAGCUGCAGCACAGUGGGCCAGACCAGCAGAGGGACUUCCAACGGGAGAUCCAGAUCCUCAAAGCCCUGCACAGUGACUUCAUUGUCAAGUACCGUGGUGUCAGCUAUGGCCCAGGCCGUCAGAGCCUGCGGCUAGUCAUGGAGUACCUGCCCAGUGGCUGCCUGAGAGAUUUCCUGCAGCGGCACCGCGCACGCCUCGGCGCCGGCCGCCUGCUCCUCUAUGCUUCGCAGAUCUGCAAGGGCAUGGAGUAUCUGGGCUCCUGCCGCUGCGUGCACCGCGACCUGGCAGCGCGUAACAUCCUGGUGGAGAGCGAGACGCACGUCAAGAUCGCCGACUUUGGCCUCGCCAAGCUGCUGCCGCUGGACAAAGACUAUUACGUUGUCCGCGAGCCAGGCCAGAGCCCCAUUUUCUGGUACGCCCCGGAGUCCCUCUCAGACAACAUCUUCUCGCGCCAGUCGGACGUCUGGAGCUUCGGAGUCGUCCUGUACGAGCUUUUCACCUACAGUGACAAGAGCUGCAGCCCCUCCGCCGAGUUCCUGCGGAUGAUGGGUUGUGAGCGAGAUAUCCCGGCUCUUUGCCGCCUCCUGGACCUGCUGGCAGAGGGCCAGAGGCUGCCGGCGCCUCCAGCCUGCCCUGGAGAGGUUCAUGAGCUCAUGAAGCUGUGCUGGGCUCCUAGCCCGCAAGACCGGCCGACCUUCAGUGCCCUCGGACCCCAGCUGGAUGCGCUGUGGAGUGGAAGCCAGGGGUAGCGUCGAGAGGCAUGAGACACAUACCUUCCUUGCUUGUCUGGAGGGAGAACCCCACUCGCUGUCAUUUUUACAUCUCCUACACAUAGACUGCUGGGUUCUAGUCUCCAUGGACUGGCUAUGAUUCUGGUCUCCAUGAACUGGCUAUGUGACACUGGGCAGGGAGCUUGCCCUUCUCUAGGCCUCUGCUUCAUGGAGAACUCCAUGGGUCAAAUGACAUUGCAUUUGGGGGCACCCUUGGCUUGCCAAGUAACAGCAGCCUCAUGGCCUUUGGAACUUGUAAAGAUUAAAGACAGCUGCCUCAGUGGGGCCUGCUGAGCCCUGCUCCCAGAAAUGAGGGACCACAUUUAAACUCCUCUCAUCUUCUCAUCUUCUCAGAGGAUGUCUUUCUGUCUCAUUUCCAUCAGGGACAUUAUGUAGCUUUAAAUAUAUGAUCUCAGGCUUCUGUUCCUCCCUCUUGCUCUUACUGGAGGAAGCCAAGGACAAGAGCAGCUGCUCUGGUUGGAAAUUCACUUUUGGGGCGAGCAAGUAUGACUGGGAUCAUGUGAGGGGCCAGGAGAGCCUGGGGUCCAGUCCACCCUAACUGUACCUGAGUGUCCCCAGGGCUUGGUUCCCCACCUGUACACUGGGGCCCUUUCUAUCCUGACUGAAGAGUCAUGCACUGAUGACCCUGGAGCCUGACAGGAGAUUUUCGGCAGUCGAGAGAGGGAAAGGCAUUCUUGGCUGAGGGAACAGCAUGGUGAGAGUGAGGAGCCUCAGAAUACAGAGGUUGUUGGAACCCAUAGUUCUGCCACUUAUUUGCUGUAUGACAGUGGGCAAGUUCCUUCUCCUCUCUGAGUCUCAGUUCCAUAGUGCUGGCCUCUCAGCUACACAGAGUCAACUUCUGGAGGCUUGUGCAGGUUAAGCCCCAUCACACCUUCUCACUGCCCAUGAGGCUUUUCUGCCACUGAGCCUCCCUGGAAAACUCUUAUUCAUUUCCCAGAAUUUCAGCUGUCAUCUCCCUGCAGCCUUUUCUGAUGUGCUCCCACCACUCCCCACCAGUCUUAUACUUCCCUCUGACCUUAGGGCUCCCCGGGGUGGUGACUGUGUCUAACUCUGUAUCCUCCAACCUAGAGGCUCCAUGGGGGCUGGGCUGGAGUGGGCGAAGAGGAGACUCUGGGAUGUUUGUUGAAUGAAUAAAAGAUUUCAGUGGAAGGGAUGGUUUGUUGCUG